AUGGAAACGAUUGAUAUUCAAAAUCGGUCCUUUGUGGUAAGAUGGCUGAAGGGUUCUCGAGGGGAUGUCAUUAAUUACCAAGUCAAGCCUUUAAAGAAAUCUAUUGAGCUAGGGAUCUACAAGAGACCGAAGCAAAGUGUGGAUGGUCAUUUUGGAUCUCAGGUCCACAUUGCUCCGGACACCAAGACGCUGUUGAACUAUACAACGCGAUCACUAUUGCAAAGAAACAAUUCGAUGAGUGCUGUGGACGAUACACAUACGUCGGUAAAUGAUGGCCAUCACCAUGGCCAUCAAAAUGGUCACGGUAGUUCGGUGUCUACGCCUUCGUCUACGGAAUCGAAAAAGCUUCAUGGCUCGGUAUCGUUGAGCGAUAUUCAACAACAGUCACAAGAGCUUCCAUUACGUGAGAGGCUCAUUAGUUCCGGUUUUACAAUGGUCAAGUCGAUGGGUAGCAUAUCCGGCAACAAGAUGAUUCAAGGCGAGCUUGAAGUUAAGGAUGAGGAGUAUUAUUACGCUUUCAUAUUAGAUAACACCUCUGCCAAAAACGCCAAAAAAAAGGUUCUAUUCAAAGCGGCGAUUACCAAUAAUGACGACACCCAUUCAUUGGUUAGUAAUAGGUACUCCUUUUCUUCAGAUUCAACUCCAAAAAGCGCGGUCAAACCAAAGCAUGACGAUCCGCUAAGUGUAAGCAAUGGGAGAUAUUUACAAGGGUUUCUGUUGAAGAAAAGAAGGAAAAAAUUGCAAGGAUUCAAAAAAAGAUUCUUUUCUCUGGAUUACAAGUAUGGAACUCUAUCAUAUUAUUUGAACGAUCAUAAUCAGACAUGCCGUGGUGAGAUUGUCAUUAAUUUAGCGACCGUUAGUGCAAAUAAAAAAGAUAAAUUAAUUAUUAUAGACUCUGGAAUGGAAAUUUGGGCUCUGAAAGGCAAAGAUACACUAUCCUGGGAAGUAUGGGUAGAUGCAUUACAACGUUGUUUCGAAAUAUCUUUUGAGAAGAAAAAAACUCACAAUUUAAACGGCAUCAAAUACAAAGAAAACGACAAUUCCAAAAUCCCACAUAAGAGAACUGCAAAAAACGAGGGUCAAAAUUUAGAAUGGUCACAGGAGAGAGCUUUGCCAUACGUUGCUCCGCACGAUGAAGUUUAUAAUAAGCUUGAAGUGAAUAUCAAACUGAUUCAGCAAAGAGUUGAACAAUGCCGGAGAGAAUCAGCUAAUUAUAUUCUUAAGGAUGAUCUCAGAAAAAAUCAGUUUGCUUCGGUGGCUUCAGCCUCGUCCUCCCUUGAUCAUGAGAAUUUCAAAGAUAGCGAAACUAUUGACAAAAACGGUUCUACUGACUCUUUGCAUAAUUUUGCAUCACCAACAAGUCCUGCUGAUAAGGGACACUUGUUGUAUCAGAAGCUAUUUGAGUUGGAAGUAUACCUUGAUCAUUUUGUGGAACAGACGAAAACUAUUCUAGACGACCAUCAAUAUAUUUCGAAACACAACCAAGAAAGAGAAAAAACUAAUACAACCGCAUUAUCCGUUUUCAGCGAUGACGAGUAUUUUGAUGCUGAAGAUGUGAUAAGCCAUGGCGUCAUCCUCUUGAACAAUGAUGAGACCCAUGAAGACGUGACUAAUAAAUUGGACCCAAGAGCCUCAGAAUCCGUCAGCGAACUUGAAGAUGACGACGGCACAGAAGAAGAAAUUGAAAUGCCGAGUAUUGAGCACGAGGAGACUCCCAUACAAGGCUCUCCAAUUGAAAACAAUCUUUAUCCACUACCGUGGGAAGGUAUCGUAGAGAGACGGAAUGACAUUUUGCCGGCUUUCACUUCACCACCUAGCCUUCUGUCUUUCUUAAGGAAAAAUGUCGGAAAAGAUCUAAGCUCGGUAGCCAUGCCAGUAACGUCAAAUGAGCCAAUUUCCAUUCUGCAGAUGAUCGCAGAAACAUUUGAGUAUGCUGAUCUUUUAAAUAAGGGGACGAAUACAGUUAGUACCUCUCAAUUGUUGUCAUAUGUUUCCGCAUUUGCUCUGUCGUAUCUCUCAGUGCAUAGGGAUAAGACAAGAGCAUUAAGGAAGCCUUUUAAUCCAUUACUGGGAGAGACAUAUGAACUGGUUAGAGAAGACGUCGGUUUUAGAUUAAUUGCAGAAAAAGUGUCACAUAAACCUCCUGUUUUUGCCUUUCAUGCAGAACAUGAGGAUUGGGAAUGCAGCUAUACAGUCUCGCCUGUCCAAAAAUUUUGGGGUAAAUCUGUGGAAUUGAAUAAUGAAGGAACCAUAAAUUUGAGAUAUAAAAAUAGGAAAGACAGUUUUGAAUGGGUACAGCCAACGACAAUGCUGAAAAAUCUCAUAGCCGGUGAAAGAUAUGUUGAACCAAUAAAUGAGUUCGAAAUUCUAUCUUCAAAGUCUGGCUCUUCAACUAUUUCAUUCCGUGCAGCCGGUAUGUUUGGCGGUAGAUCUGAAGAUGUUGCUGUUGAGGUCAGGCCACACAACGAACCUAAACGAAUACUUUCUGGUAAAUGGACUGAAUCAUUAAAGGACUCUCAAGAUCAAAGUAUUAUCUGGAAGGCUGGUAGCCUUGUCAAGGAUAGCAAGAAGAAAUACGGUUUUACUGAAUUCACCGCUAACCUAAAUGAAAUAACAGCUGUAGAAAAGGGAAGAUUGCCCCCGACGGAUAGCAGAUUGAGACCUGAUAUUAAAGUUUACGAAAAUGGAGACAUUGACGCUGCCGAAUCCUUGAAGCUUGACUUGGAACAAAAACAACGUGACAGACGUACAAAGGGUAUGGACGUUAAACCAAAAUACUUUGAAAAAGUCAGCAGCCGUAAGUGGAAAAUCAUCCGUGGUCCGAAAGGCUAUUGGGAGAGAAGAAAACGGCAGGAUUGGUCAGAUAUUGAACCUCUGUGGUGA